AUGCAGCAAACUCCUUUAAGGGGUAGAAAAAAUUUAUUUGAUUGCUUGCUCCAAAAACGAAGUUUCAGUUCCAUGUCCAAGUCAAAGCGCCCUAGUGGAAUUUACAUUGAAGGAAUAAGAGUACCUCUUGAUUCAAGAAUUCAAAAGGCAAGAUAACAUAAACUUUAAAUUAAAACUGAAUACACAGAUUAUUUUGUUUUUGAGACCAAUGAAAAAACACACAUUCCUUAAACUAAAAUAAAUUCGUAAAGAUAGCCUGCUAUCUAUAAUUUACAAUUCACAAUUAAUAAACGACAAACUAAAUUAUAAAUGAUUGACAGAAAACCCUGCAAGUCAUUUUAUACCCUAUAGGUUUAUUCAAAAUCUCAAGAUAAGUCUGAGAUUAGAUAAUUCAAGUGA